AGAAAAGAAAAAUCUACCUUAGGCCACCAUCCGAAAUACUUUAUAAACCCUUACAUACCCUCGCCAACACUCCUCUGAGUUUCCUUUUGAUCCUCGUCUCGCACACCGUUAAUCAGAAGCAUUAACACCUGCUGAACUUUUCGUGUCUCCCUUCAUCACACACAUACAAAUCAGCAAACUUCUACCGUCAAAAUGGGUAAGGAAGACAAGACUCACAUCAACGUCGUCGUCAUUGGCCACGUCGACAGUGGCAAGUCCACCACUACCGGCCACUUGAUCUACCAGUGCGGUGGUAUCGACAAGCGAACCAUCGAGAAGUUCGAGAAGGAAGCUGCUGAGCUCGGCAAGGGUUCUUUCAAGUAUGCCUGGGUUCUUGACAAGCUAAAGGCCGAGCGUGAGCGUGGUAUCACCAUCGACAUUGCGCUCUGGAAGUUCGAGACUCCCAGAUACUAUGUCACCGUCAUUGACGCCCCCGGUCAUCGUGACUUCAUCAAGAACAUGAUUACUGGUACCUCGCAGGCCGACUGCGCUAUCCUCAUCAUUGCAGCUGGUACUGGUGAGUUCGAGGCUGGUAUCUCCAAGGAUGGCCAGACCCGUGAGCACGCCCUGCUCGCCUACACCCUCGGUGUUAAGCAGCUCAUCGUUGCCAUUAACAAGAUGGACACUGCUAAGUGGGCCGAGGACCGAUACAACGAAAUCAUCAAGGAGACGUCCAACUUCAUCAAGAAGGUCGGCUACAACCCCAAGACUGUUGCCUUUGUCCCCAUCUCUGGUUUCCACGGUGACAACAUGUUGGCUCCUACCACCAACGCUCCUUGGUACAAGGGCUGGGAGAAGGAAGGCAAGGGUGGCAAGGUCACUGGCAAGACUCUUCUCGAGGCCAUUGACGCUAUCGAGCCCCCCAAGCGUCCCACGGACAAGCCUCUCCGUCUUCCCCUCCAGGAUGUCUACAAGAUCGGUGGUAUUGGAACUGUGCCCGUCGGCCGUAUCGAGACUGGUAUUAUCAAGCCCGGUAUGGUCGUUACCUUCGCCCCUGCCGGUGUUACCACUGAAGUCAAGUCCGUCGAAAUGCACCACGAGCAGCUUGUCGAGGGUGUCCCCGGUGACAACGUCGGCUUCAACGUGAAGAACGUCUCUGUCAAGGAAAUCCGACGAGGAAACGUCGCUGGUGACUCCAAGAACGACCCCCCUGCCGGCUGUGAUGACUUCACUGCCCAGGUCAUUGUCCUCAACCACCCCGGUCAGGUUGGUGCUGGUUACGCCCCUGUUCUUGACUGCCACACUGCCCACAUUGCCUGCAAGUUCGCCGAGCUUCUGGAGAAGAUUGACCGACGAACUGGUAAAUCCGUUGAGAACAACCCCAAGUUCAUCAAGUCUGGUGAUGCCGCUAUCGUCAAGAUGGUUCCCUCCAAGCCUAUGUGUGUUGAGGCUUUCACUGACUACCCUCCCCUCGGCCGUUUCGCCGUCCGUGACAUGCGACAGACCGUUGCUGUCGGUGUCAUCAAGGCUGUGAACAAGAGCAGCAAGAGCGGCAAGGUCACCAAGUCCGCCGCCAAGGCUACUGGCAAGAAAUAAACUUGCUAAAUCACAACCCAACUACAAUUUCGAGGAUAUAAUAUGUCUUCGGCUGGUUAGGUGCCAUAGGCCCUUGACGAAACGACGAUGCCUCUACGAAUUUCCUUUUUCUUGACACGAUCUGUUCUCUCGGACAUUUGAUACGGAGCGCAGUAUGAGAGGAAGGGUUAUGGGCAUUUUCGCGACAAAACUUUCUCAUGUGCUUGUAGUAAAAUAGAGUCAUAGACCGUGGCCCGUUCUUUUUUUUUUCCCCGCUGUGAUUGUGAUGUCUUGCCCGUGCACUUUUGCUUCUUGCCGGAAUGAUCAUACUCUAUGGUUUGAUCACAAUAAACCUAGUGUCAUGCUUCACACUAAUUUCGUUACGUAGUAAAUGGAAGAUCCAUACCCUUUACGUUAAUGCGCCUCUUUUCGUCAGCA